CACCAACGCCGAACACCAAAGCAUCAAAUCUUGACCACAUCGUUUGCAGCCGGUUGUCGAGGUGGCUGAUCAAACACAUAUAACGAUUUCACCGAACCGAUAAGUCUCAGCCAUCUUGAGCUGUUGAGCUUUACGGUCGCGACAUAUCUCAUGCUGUUCUGUCGCUUCGGAUGUGGGAGGUCGACGAAGAUGUCCGUCUGGCUUCGGACUCGAGGGAGGGGAACCACGGCGCUUGGUUUUCCUUUACCCCAAUGCUUCAGCAUCUCCUUCGGAGCAACGUAAAGGUCAUCGUUCUCUUCCACGUACACAACCACAUUCUUGCAGCGGUCCUCUUCAACCCGUGGCAAAGGCGUAUCGACGACAACCUGAACCAAUGUAGCCAUCUUCGUUUGGCUUUGCGGGAUAUGUGUCUCACACGGUCAACAAACCGAGCUCUCGCAAAUAUGAACUGGGCGUGCCUGUAUUCAAUUGAGUCAUUCUUUCACUGUCUUGGGCAAGACGUGUAUAAAUCUCGUUUUGCACGGUCUACUGCGCCACCAUCGCUGAACACCACGCGACCAGGACAAAUGAAAGGCAAACACGAAUCCAGCGUAUCACUGGUCAAGGUCAGGUUCUCCUGUUUUGAACGGAGUGAUUCUGGAACGUCGAACACUAGGAACGCCCCCAAUCAUCAUCGAGUUGCAACAGGGCGCAGCCCAGCAACGUUGUGUUUUGACACAGCCACGAGGACCAUGGUUUGUCAUUCUUUAUGUCGCACAACGAAUUCACAGCAGCCAACAUCCGUAGCCUCAGGCAGCUGACCGUUAUGGUUUCCCAAUGAUGGGUUUUGUUCAGCCGCUCAUCAGGAAGAAGGAGGAAGGCAACGUCGACAUCUCAACUCUGUCCCAUGGUCGCGUCCGAAGAGUCAUAAAACCGGUACACCCCGACGACUCCAUCUAUUCCCAACUCUGGCAUGAUAAUCCCGGUUGCCUACUUUCUAGCUGGGUACAAUAAAACAAGGGGGAAAUGAAUGACGUACUAUUCUCCAGCCUUGCCUCUGAGCAUUUCUUCGACUCCUUGUCGUUACCCCGUCUUUCCCAGCCUUGCCAUCCAAAACGGCCCUGUGGGAGGAAAUUAAUCGUCCUCAAGCAUA